GAAAAAAAAAAAAAUUGAUGCAAUUUGCCUUUGUGAAAUUUACAGGAAAUUGAGCAUCACUUUCGAAAUAAUCUGCAUUGACUUGUAAAGAGUAGUCGUUAUUUAUUUGUAUAUUUUUCUUCAUCAUCAAGAAAACUUCUACUAAAACCCCAUUUAAUUUUCUCCAUAUAUACUCUUUAAUCAUCUGUUAUGUGCUUGCUCAAAUACCACUUUCAACUCUAAAAACAGAUUGACGCUCCAAAAAAAGUUUUAAUUUUGCGAAGCUAGUAAUAUAAGAGUCCAAAAAAAAGUUUUAAUUUUGCGAAGCUAGUAAUAUAAGAGUCAAAUGGCUGAAGAAAACUCCAUUAACAACAAUGAAUGUUAUGAUCUGAGCUCUCUUUUCUCAUCAGAGGAGAGAGAUUUUCUCAUUCGUAACAAUGGUGAUAAGGUGAACAUCAAAGAUUUGAGUGGGAAAAUUUUGGGUUUGUAUUUCUCUGCUUCAUGGUGCCCGCCAUGCCGUGGUUUUACCCCAAGUUUGAUCGAAGUAUACAAAGAGCUCUCCUCGAAAGGGGACUUUGAAAUUGUCUUCAUCUCAUCUGAUAGAGAUGAAGAGUCUUUUCAAGGUUACUUCUCUAAGAUGCCGUGGCUUGCUAUUCCACUUUCUGAUAAUGCCACAAUCAAGAGCCUCAAGGAAAAAUUCAGUGUGAUGGGAAUCCCUCAUCUUGUGUUCCUUGAUAAAGAUGGGAAAAUCUCGACUGAUGAAGGGGUCGAAGUAGUCAUGGAACACGAAGCCGAAGCAUACCCCUUUACCUCAGAAAGGAUUGAUCAAUUGAAAGAGGAAGAAGAGGCCGCAAAGAGAAACCAGAACUUGAGAAAUCUUUUGGUUUAUGGAUCUCGAGAUUAUGUUAUUUCAAGUGAUGAAACGAAGGUUUCUGUAACUGAGCUUGAAGGAAAGAUGGUUGGCCUCUAUUUCUGUGUAGGCCCUUAUGAGCCCUGCACUGUAUUUACACAAAAACUAGUGGAGGUUUAUAAGAAACUCAGAGAGGAAGGCGAGAACUUUGAGAUUGUGUUAAUUUAUUUGGAUGAGGAUGAUGAAGGAGGAUUCAAAGAAAAUCUGGCAGAUAUGCCAUGGCUUUCUUUGCCCUUCAAGGAUAAAAAGAUUGAAAAGCUUGUUCGUUAUUUUGAGCUUAGAAGCAUUCCCAGGUUGGUCAUCAUUGGACCAGAUGGGAAGACUCUGAAUCCAGAUGUUGCUGAACUGAUACAAGAGCACGGUGCUGCGGCAUACCCUUUCAGUUCCGAGAAGCUGGCUGAGCUUGCUGAGAUUGAGAAAGCCAAACUUGAGUCACAAACACUUGAAUCCAUACUGGUUCAUGGAGAAAAGGACUAUGUCAUUGACAAAAGUGGCUCUAAGGUUCCUGUGUCUCAGCUUGUUGGAAAACAUGUGCUUAUAUAUUUCUCUGCACAUUGGUGCCCGCCAUGUCGUGCUUUUACGCCAAAGCUUAUUGAAACAUACCAUGAAAUUAAGGCGAAGGAGAGUGCGUUUGAGAUCAUAUUUGUCUCCAGUGAUCGUGACCAGCCGUCAUUUGACGAAUACUAUUCAGACAUGCCUUGGUUAGCCCUCCCAUUCGGCGAUGAGAGGAAGGCUUAUCUGUCUCGCAAGUUCAAAGUUAAGGGUAUCCCAUGUCUUGUGGCUAUUGGACCUGAAGGUAAGACAAUAACUACUGAAACCAGACAACUCAUAGGAGCGCACGGGGCAGAUGCAUUUCCCUUCACUGAGAAUCACAUGAAGAAAUUAAUAGAGAAAAUUGAGGGAAAAGCAGAAGAUGAAGAGGGCAAAGUCGAGACUAAGGAAGGAUAUAUCUGUGAAGGUGAUGUUUGUCGUAAAGCCUAGAAACGUACUUCUAUGCUAGACCUACACAUACUUAAUCUUCCAAUAACCGUGGAUCUCUGGAUUAGCAGGCUGUUAUGUUUCUUGUGUGAUGUCUUGUUAUACUUCUGUAAAUCAUUUGAAUGUGCAAUCCUUCCGACUUGCGAGUUCCUCCCGGUUGGAUGCUGCUAUAGUGCUGUGCUUGUGGCGAUUUGUAACUUGUGGUGCUUUACCAAUAAUGAUUAGUUAAAGUUGAUUGGCUAUUUGUUGA